CGUCAUUUCAGAGCAUUGCAGAAGAGAUCGAACCUGAGAAAGAAACAAACUGAGUUUUUAAAACUUUGUAAAAGCGUGGAAAAUAUCACGAAAAGCGAAAAGAUGUUUUCAGCUAUUUAUAUUUGCCUGCUGCUGGUUGCUCUUCCUUAUGCUGUUCAAGGCUAUGUGUCAAGUACUUGCUUGAGAUGUAUUUGCAAUGUUGAGUCUGGCUGCCGUACAUCUGUGAGAUGUGGAGAUAAUGGAAGGUCUUGUGGACCAUAUCAAAUUCAAUAUGGUUAUUGGACCGACGCUUCAAGUCCAGGUCGUGGCUAUCGACAAUGCGUUGACACUUUUUCUUGCGCAGAAACUACCAUUCAAAAUUAUAUGAACAGGUACGCCACCUAUGCUCGACUUGGCCACAAUCCUACGUGUGAAGAUUAUGCUCGAAUUCAUAAUGGUGGACCAAAUGGAUACAGGAGCUCUUCAACUCUUGGUUAUUGGCAAAAAAUUCGGAACGAGGGAUGUACUCGAUACAGCUAGAUGUUACUGUGGCAACCCCGAUAUGUGGACGUUAAUAUAUCACAUCAUAAAUUUGAGAAUUUUUACAUAAAGUUGCUGUAGUUGAUUUAGUUGUCCUCAUUUAAUUAAAUUGCAUUAAAAAAUCAAA